GCCCCUAGCAACGUCGCUCUGUUUAGAUUUCACUAUAAUGCAUCUCGGCUUCGGUGGACAUAGAUACGCAGAGGUAAUCGCUGCAAAGUGAAUGGUUUCUGUUGUCGCCCUGGGAGAGAUGCGAUAAAGAUUCGUACACGAUGGAAAGUGAAAAACUGUUGAUGGCCGCUGGCGUAACAGCGGCCGUUGUGGUCGGUGCAUUUGUUUUCUGGGGCCCCUCGGGCUCGUCCAGGCUGCGACAACGACGCGGCCAAAUUGCGGGGUUGCAUAAUUUUGGUAAAACGUGCUUUCUAAACACACUACUACAGGCGUUGGCCGCCUGCCCCCAGUUUAUUGCGUGGCUGCAGCUGCACAACGUGAAGGACAAGAAAAGUCUCGUAUCGUCGUUGCAGAGCGUGCUGGAGGUGGUGAACGGGACGCAUCCCACUUUGCGCGGCGAUCCGUACGCACCGGGGGCCGUGAUACGGGCGCUCAACUCACUCGGGUGGGUCAUUUUCCCGGAGGAACACGAUGCCCACGAGCUGUUGCUGGUGAUGCUGACCUCGCUCGAGGAGGAGGUGUCGAAACCGCGCAAGAUUGGGUGCCUGUCCGAUGCGCUCGGGGUCCCCGAGGUACCUACGAUCCCAGCGCGCCCAUCCAGUGCCAUGCUGUCGGAUUUCUGCAACACGGAGUACGACGAAGCUACCAGUCUGACGCGCUACACCCGGUCGGAGGCACACACGCCCGACUCACCACACUCCGUGUGCACCGAACACGAGGAAGCACCGGACACCUCGCUGGCGUUGGACGGUUCCUACGGUUCGCCGAACGCCAUUAUGGCUGCUUUUGGGAGCUCACCGCGUUAUGGUCAGCCGACGCACUCCGAGACAACCGAGGUGCACCACGAGCCAAACCGAUUCGUCAGCAAACGUCAUUCCACCUCGUACCGGUCGCUGGAGCGCUUGAAUCGUGGCCCCGGUCGCGUGUCGGUGUGGGGCGACCGUCAGCAGAAUCAUAUUCCGCACCCGUUUCGGGGCGGACUCGGCAGUCAAUUGUGUUGCGCUGCGUGUGGGUACAAGUCGACCGUGCGGUACGACAAGUUUGACAGCAUUACGCUCCCACUGCCGGAAACAGUCACGCCUGGUCUCGGUCUUGGCAAUCUGCUGUCCGACUUUAUCCAGCCGGAAACAUUGGACGCAGUGCAGUGUGAGUCGUGCGGCGAAAAUGCGCCCCACACGAAGGCGCUCACCUUCAGCAAGCUGCCGGCCUGCCUGUGUGUUCACAUUGCACGCACAACGUGGCACGCGAGCGGUCGCGCCCAAAAGCGCCUCGACAGUGUGCACUUCCCGGAAACACUCUCGAUGGCGCCGUACAGCUUUGUGCAGCCGGGCCUGAACAGCAACAUCAGCACACCGUGGGGCAGCACCACCUCGCUGUAUACCGCCGGACUGCUCGGCAUGACCGCCGCGACCACACAAGAUGUUGGGACGUGUGGCAGUUUGCCGGCCGAUGGUUAUAUGGCGGAUGGCGGCAUGUCGGCACCGGGGACGAGCUUCGGUUCGUACACAUUUGGUGCGAUGUUCCCCCGUAACUUGUACCGGCUGUUGGCCGUCAUUGUGCACUCGGGCGAGGCAAACGCAGGCCAUUUUGUCACCUACAGGCGAGGAGCGCUGCGAAAUUCCUACAAGUGGUACUACACGUCCGACACCGUGGUGCGGGAAGUUUCGAUCGAAGAAGUCCUCAACAGCUCCGCCUACAUGCUCUUCUAUGAUCGUGGGUCCACCACGAAUCGUUUCCCGCAGUAAACCGAGCACAAUCAUUAUUCUGCAAGCUGUCGACACACAAAAUCAAACGGGAAAAAAGAAACUUAAUCCAAAGUAGCUAAUGUGGUUGUUGUGCACAUGUAUGAUCUUCGUGCUUUUUUCUCUACUGUGACGUAAAGUACGAUUGUGCCUGUGCAAUACGAUAUGUUCCGUGAUGUAGGCGACGGAUGAAGUCAUUACCUAGAUGCAUAUUAAGAAAGAAUAUUUUAGAGAUACUUGGGGAACCCGUUACUAUCGCCCGCCCUGUUCCUCCUGUAGGUGAAAUGUGUGUGCAUGUGUGUACCUACCAGACAGGGUUGUUAAUGAGUGGUCAGAAGAUUUCGCUGUGCUGUGCGUGUUUGUUUAGCGUUGGAAAUUUGUAACUGGCGGGCAGAAUAGUUUAAAGAGAAGUGCACAUUGAUUUCAGUCGAGUCGGGUAUGCACCCCAACAUGGGAUGUUGGGGUAGAGUACGGGCAUAUCCCAUUCGGGGCACGUUGAGGAUCGGCAAGUUGAAGACCGGUAAUGUGCGGCCGCGAGUGCGUUCUGGCGUCACUGGCUCGGUAUGUGGCAUUUCAAAGCACCCCUUGUACUUUCUCCGGCAUUUAAAGGAUUAACACUUUAUGCUCUAAAUCGAUACUCUACGUAGACGUAAAUACAUUCCUUAACCCUAAGCAUUCGAAAACAUUCAUUUCGCAGUGCUGAUGCCUUGGAUCGGUAGAAGCUCAAACCGCUACUGUUCGACUUCCAUUCGCGAUCGCAAGGGUAAGUUGUUGAGUUAAUUGUGUGAGGCACAAACAAAUGUGGAAGCCAGACGUUUUCCUCUGGCCAAAAGAAUUAUUUAAAAUGACAAAAGCACAGUCAAACAUCAUCACACGUCUACUACAAAUGCAAGGGUGCAGCUUAAACCACCAUUUCCUUUGAAAGGCGAUUUUACGUUAACUGUUUCAUGGACUUUAUUGCGCUUAUCUCAAUUACAUUUCUAGUUGCAUAAUAUGUACAGUUUAAAUGCAGACCUGUACUCCUCCGUGUGAGGAUUAAAACGGAACAUCGAAGCUCCGAGAGCCAUUAUAAACUUUGAUCGACACCCGGUGAAACGCUACUACGUCGCCUGCCGCCACUUAGCUCGGCAGCCCGAAAAUAUCCGAGUCCGAGAAGCUAUCAAAUAACUUAAAAUAAACCAAACACACGCACGCACAUACAUACACGCACACAAACACACAGAGAUGAAAAGCGUAUCUUCAGUCACAUUAAAUUCUUCGUCACGCAUGCUUUGGAAAAGGCCACGAAGCUUAGCGUUUUCGCAUCAUCAAAGAUGAAGGUGGCGUGCGCGGCAACGCGAGCGAGAAUAAA